AUGACAUCGCACACGAUACCAUCAGAAUAUGUCUCUCCAGAGUUUCCAUCCCUAUACUUUCCCUUUAGCCCCUUGAAUCAAACUCCGAAGCACAUCUACCAUAUGGAAGAUGCGUGGCGUUUUACCCUAUAUUGGACGCUGGCGUUCUAUGGCGCAACCCAUAUGGCUGUCGCGCUGUACGCGGUUAUCUGUCAAAGACACAGCUGGAAGCUCGUAUGGGCAAUUCCACUCGUAUACGCGAUCGUUGCUGGCCUGGAAGGGGUGUUAGCCGGAAGCGUUGUCGGGUUAAUUCUUGGUUUGGUUUACGAAGCAGGCAGCUUUAAAAUGUCAACAUGGAUUCCCUUUGCCUGGGGCUGCAUCAACGUUCUCGUCCUUAUAUUGUCAUCAUUUUCCUUCCAUGGCGGACUUUGA